CAUGUCGCGGCGGUAGCAGGGCAAUGUCGCACCGCGGGGGGGACCGGGAUCGCGAUCGCGAUCGGGAUCGGGAGCUGCAGUGGUCGGCGCGGAGGAUGGGGACGUCGCUGCUGCUGCAGCUGUCGGCGCACGAGCGGGAGCUGGACCUGGUCUGCCUCGACCACAGCUACGCCAAGCCCUGGAGCGCGCACCCCGACGCCAGCGCCGCCCGGCCCACCCGCAUGCUCUUCCUCACCCCGCGGCGCCAGCCCGGAGCCGGCCUAGAGGCCGAUGUGCCCAUCGACGUGGAGACGGUGACGCCGGUGGCCGUGCCCCUCUACGACAACCAGAAGGCGCGGAGCGUGAUGAACGAGUGCGAGCGGCACGUCAUGUUCGCCCGCACGGACGCCGAUGCCCCCCCGCCACCCGAUGACUGGGAAGAGCACGUCAACAGGACAGGCUGGACUAUGGCCCAGAACAAGCUGUUCAAUAAGAUCCACAAGGCUCUGCAGUCUGACAGGCUGGCUCGCUUGGCUAAUGAAGGGGCUUGCAAUGAGCCAGUCCUGAGGAGGAUAGCAGUGGACAAAUGCGCUCGGAGGGUCCGCCAGGCUCUGGCCAGUGUCAACUGGGACACCAAACUGAUCCAGUGGCUGCACACAACGCUGGUGGAGACCCUCAGCUUGCCAGUGCUGGCUGCUUACCUGGAUGCUCUGCAGACACUUAAAGGAAAGAUCCCCACCCUGAUCGACAGGAUGCUGCUCUCCUCUACCACCAAGACAGGGGCAGCGGGUGCUGAGGCUCUGUCUCUGCUGCUGAAGAGACCUUGGGACCCAGCAGUGGGUGUCUUGUCGCAUAAUAAACCAAGCAAAUUGCCUGGUUCCCCCCUCAUCCUGAUUGCUUCCUCUGGACCCUCCAACUCCAUGUUCCCCACUUCCCGACGGCACCGGUUCUGGCAGUCACAGCUUUCCUGCCUGGGAAAGGUGAUUCCCAUCACCACCCACCUGCUGAACAACGGCAGUGGGGUGGGAGUACUGCAGUGUCUGGAGCACAUGAUUGGGGCUGUGAGGGGCAAAGUGGCCGAGAUUCACAGCCACUUCUCUCACAAGCCCAUCAUCUUGAUCGGGUGGAACACCGGUGCCUUGGUGGCCUGUCACGUUUCAGUGAUGGAGUAUGUCACUGCAGUUGUGUGCCUUGGAUUCCCCCUUCUCACUGUGGAUGGCCCCAGAGGGGAUGUUGAUGACCCCCUCCUGGAGAUGAAGACCCCUGUGCUCUUUGUGAUCGGGCAGAAUUCCCUGCAGUGCAACAUGGAAGCCAUGGAAGAUUUCCGGGAGAAAAUACGAGCUGAUAACAGCCUGGUGGUGGUGGGAGGAGCAGAUGACAACCUCAGGAUAAGCAAAGCCAAAAAGAAGUCAGAAGGCCUCACCCAGAGCAUGGUGGACCGCUGCAUCCAGGAUGAAAUAGCUGACUUCUUGACUGGAGUCCUCACCCGAGCAGAGAGCCACUCAGGCUCUGAUCCCCGUGACCUGGAUGCUGAGAAGAAGAAGAAGCCCCGAGACUCCACCAGGAGGGAUCUGUCCUUCGACCUGCCAGAACGGAGCAGCAGACCUGCCUCCCCAGCAGCCAAAGUGCCUGCUUCUCCUUCAGGCUCAGAGGACUUGUCCAGCAGCCCCACUUCAAGCCCCAAGACCAAAGUGGCCGCCGUGUCCUCCCUGCAGAAGCCCAGCCAGAUGGGCCCCACGCAGCUGCUGAAGAGGCACGUGCCAAGGCCAGACACUGUCCUUGCCCACAAGCAGGCCCAAGCUCAGUUUGCUGCUUUUCUGAAACAAAACAUGCUGGUGAGGAAAGCUCUUCCUCCUGGCACCUCUUCAUGUCUCUUUGUUCCAGUGUCCUCAGAGCACUCGGAAGGGGCUGACAAAGAUGAUGUGCGUGUGCAGCUGAAGAGGCACCAGGCCCCCAGCCCGACCCAGUGCACCAAACCCUCCAAACGCGCCAAAAUCAAGGUGACCAUUGUGUCUCACGGCGAUGCUGCUGGCGUGGGGAACGGAGCAGCCCUCAGCACCCAGGCAGAAAUGGUCGCUGGGAAGCCGGUCCCUGUGGCUGUUGGCCAGGCUGUGCCGGGCGUGAAGGAGCUCUCAGGACUGCUCACCACCCCCAAGCUGAGUUCAGCAACAGAAACCUCCUCCACGAGCCCUGCUCCAUCCUCUGUGAUCCCCAGCAGCACGACACCCAGUGCUUUCCAUGCCCUGCAGAGCAGGCUGGUGGCCAGCAGCACCCACUGCCUGCAGGCCCAGCCGGCCAGUACCCUCCAAGGAGCAGCAUCUGCCAGCAGCCUGCUGCAAGGGCUGAGCUUCAGCCUGCAGGACAUUGGGACCAAGUCAUCUCCCCUUCCAGCCAGUGUGGCUGCUGCUGGGCAGCCCGUGCAGACCUCAGCUGUGAAGACACCUGCACCUAUGCAGAACCUCAGUGCUAUAACCACAGACACCAGCACCAUUGUCCGCACCAUCCCGGUUGCCACCUCUCUGUCCUUGGGAGCCUCAGCGGGUGGGAAGCCCACGGCCAUUCACCAGCUGCUGACAAAUGGGGGCCUGGCCAAGCUGGCUAGCAGUCUCCCUGGCCUGGCUCAGAUCUCCAACCAGGCAGCAGGCUUGAAGGCCCCCACGACCAUUACUGUGACGCUGCGAGGGCAGCCCAGCCGUGUGACCACCCUGAGCCAGGCUGCCAUGGGCACUGUGCAGCCCCAGCUGGAGGAGCAGGCAAUGCACACACAGGCACCUCAGGCUCCAGACUGUGCUGGUGGGAACGUGGGCGGCCCAGCCUCCAGCGCCACCUCUCCUGGCCAGCUGCUGCCUCACAUGGAUCUCAGCAAAGCCCAGGCUGGUGCAGAGAUGGCUCCUGCCGACCCCGUGGCAGCACCCGUAGUGACCAGCACCAGCCCCAUGAAGACGCUGUACGUCAUGUCGGAUGCGAAGCUGUCUGCACUGACCAAGUCUGUGUUGGCUGAGGCUACCUCCGUUCCCCUCAAGCUGCCGAGCAUCCAGCCUUCCUCCUCCUCCUCCUCUUCCACCACCUCUGCCACCGGUGCUGGUACCCUUGCCAGCACCCCCAGCCCUCCCAGCAGCCUGAUGCACUCGAAGGUCCUGCAGACUGCUUCCAAGACGCUCAUCCUGACCUCAGCACUGGCCACGGUGAAGGGUGAUGGAGCCCUGGGACACAGCGGGGAGAAGGGCACCUUGACCAAGAGCACUGCAGCCCUUGGCCAUGCUCUGGGGGCAGUGGAGACCCUGGGGAGGGUUCCCUCUGUGGUGGACGAGGGGAGCACCAUCAUCCACAGCAGAGAGGCUCUGGCCAGCAGGCAGUUGCUAUCCCAAGGGCUGCUGCCAGGAGGGGCCGGUACCACGCUCAUAACACUGGGCAGCAGCUCCUCCAUCAUCGCCACGGCAGGGCCCACGCUCAGCCAGAAGCCAUAGGGACCCCCAGGAUCCCCAUGGAUCCACAACUGGCACUUGGGAAGACUGAGCUCGACUGCGGAGUGGGAUUGGAGCAGCCCCAUGGGACAAGCUUGGGCUGGAGCAAAGCAGGGGGGAUGUUGAAGUGGUUUUGUUGCUGUUUAAUAAACCUUUCCUUUUCUUGUU